CAAAAUGACAGCAAUACAACAGCAACCAGAUGAACUAAUAAAAAAUCAGCCACUGCAAAAUCCGCAGCAGAAGUUUGCAUUGCUCCCGAAGAUCAUUAACGGCGGCAUUGCUGGCAUUAUUGGCGUCACAUGUGUAUUUCCAUUGGACUUGGUAAAGACUCGGCUGCAGAACCAGCAAAUCGGUCCAAAUGGCGAACGUAUGUACACUAGCAUGUUCGACUGCUUUCGCAAAACGUAUUCUGCAGAGGGAUAUUUUGGAAUGUACCGCGGCUCAGCCGUGAAUAUUUUGUUAAUCACACCUGAGAAGGCGAUCAAACUGACGGCGAAUGAUUACUUCCGACAUAAACUUACCACCAAGGAUGGCAAACUGCCAUUGAGCUGCCAAAUGUUGGCUGGCGGUUUGGCUGGUGCUUUCCAAAUUAUAGUGACCACGCCCAUGGAGCUGCUAAAAAUUCAAAUGCAGGAUGCCGGACGUGUUGCCGCUGCCGCUAAAUUGGCUGGCAAAACCGUUGAAAAAGUUUCAGCCACACAAUUGGCCACGCAACUAAUCAAAGAGAAGGGCAUCGUUGGCCUGUAUAAGGGCAUUGGUGCUACGGGCCUUCGUGAUGUCACAUUUUCAGUCAUUUACUUUCCACUUUUUGCCACACUUAAUGAUUUGGGUCCUCGGCGGAACGAUGGCUCUGGCGAAGCGGUAUUUUGGUGUUCCUUCUUGGCCGGCUUGGCGGCUGGUUCAACGGCAGCCCUGGCGGUCAAUCCAUUUGACGUAGUCAAAACGCGGUUGCAGGCUCUUAAAAAGGCCGAUGGCGAAAAAGAGUUUAAGGGAAUAUCUGAUUGCAUUAGCAAAACUCUGAAGCACGAAGGACCCACGGCUUUUUUCAAGGGAGGUCUCUGCCGUAUGAUAGUGAUUGCUCCAUUGUUUGGUAUUGCACAAACCGUUUAUUAUUUGGGCGUAGCCGAAGGCUUGCUGGGCGUACAAAAGAAGUAUAAAAUUGUUUGUGAUUUAAUGACAACUGAAAAGAAGAAUAUGGGCUUUGCCGUCCUGCCCAGAAUCAUUAACGGCGGCAUUGCGGGCGUCAUUGGUGUGACAUGUGUCUUUCCGUUGGAUUUGGUGAAGACGCGACUGCAAAAUCAACAAAUCGGUCCCAAUGGUGAACGCAUGUACACUAGCAUGUUCGAUUGCUUCCGCAAGAUUUACGCGGCGGAGGGUUACUUUGGCAUGUACCGCGGCUCAGCCGUAAACAUAUUAUUGAUCACCCCUGAAAAGGGAAUCAAACUGUCCGCUAACGAUUAUUUUCGUUAUCAUCUAGCUACUUCGGAUGGCAAACUAACACUGCUCAUGCAAUGUCUGGCCGGAGGUUUAGCUGGUGCAUUUCAAAUCAUUGUGACUACGCCUAUGGAGCUUUUAAAGAUUCAGUUGCAGGAUGCCGGACGUGUGGGUGGGCAGGAUUUAAAAAAGGUGACCGCUUGGGCUAUUACCAAGCAGCUUGUGAAAGAUAAUGGCAUAUUCGGCUUAUACAAGGGCGUGCGAGCCACUGGCGCGCGAGACAUUACUUUCUCCGUCAUCUACUUUCCACUCUUUGCAUUUUUGAAUGACAGUGGACCCCGAAAGGCGGGCACCUCUGGCGAAGCCGUCUUUUGGUGGUCCCUUAUCUCUGGGUUGCUGUCGGGAAUGACCGCUGCUUUCGUGGUCACGCCCCUAGACGUGAUUAAGACACGUUUGCAAGCCAUUAAAAAGGCGGAUGGCGAGAAGGAAUUCGAUGGUAUUUUUGACUGUAUCAACAAAACAUUGAAGUACGAAGGACCUAAGGCUUUCUUCAAGGGCGGGCUGUGUCGAAUGAUUGUAAUUGCUCCCCUUUUUGGAAUAGCUCAGAUGGUCUACUUCAUGGGUAUUGGCGAACGUAUUCUGGGUAUUGAACAGAAGAAGUCUGUCUGA